AUGGACUACUUUUCCAAAUUCCUGAAUCGUUCAGGCGCACAGUCCACCCCCAAAACCUCCCCAGAUCAUGCACAGGAAUUUAUUAGAUCCUGGAACUCAGUCAAGGUUCUCAUGUUUCGCUCAAAACUUCCCAUUGACUCAUCUAGCAAUAGAACACACUUCUCUGCCCUGAUGAACGACAACUGAGCAAAGGAAUCAAGUCUACUGAUGUCCCCGUUCAUCUUCAAGCCAUGGUGGACGCCUUAGUUGCGGAAUCAACUAGAAUCGAGCAGGGCGCGACUGGUGGUUGCCUUGAAUAUCUAUUAAAGAAUGAUGUGUUGGGAACCCUUGUUCGUCUGAGUGAAUCUGACAGACCAUAUGGAAUACAAGCGGAAGUUCUGCGAGCGGUACAGAACAUGGUCGUACUGCUAGAUGAACAGUUCCUCGUUCAUUCAGCCGUACAUAAGGCAGUUUUACGACUUCUUAGAACGUGUGUCGGCGACGAUUUACAGGAGCAACUUGACGGGCGAAGACAGAGAGUGAUGGGUGCGGCGGGAAAUUCAGUGAGGAGUCAACCGUCUGAAUUCGAGGAAGAUUUGGUUAAUCUUCUGUGUAUCCUUUGCAGCAGAAUACGCACAUACCGGGAACUUCUGAUGAUAUUUUUUCACGACAAGCAUUGGUACCGCUCGGAACCGUUAUUUGCGGUCGAAGAGAAAGAUGAGGAUGACGAGGAUGAAGAAGUCAGUGACUCAGGCCGCAUGCCCUCCCCAGCACCAUCUCAUACCACCGUCACUACCACGACGCAAGUCCUUGCCCCAAAAACCGAAUACGAAUUUCUCCUCUUCAACUAUCUCCUGCGAUUCGUCCAUCGUGAAGGACAGAUCGGGGAGUUCGCUCGUGCUGGCCUUCUUUUGCUAAUGGAUGUUGCUAUGUCGCCCGAUGAGCCCGUUCACCGGUUGACUGGGGAGGAAACUGACGCGACAGAUGAUCCUAUCACGGAAGCAGCGCUUGCUCUUGCAGACUACAUCCUCGACGGAGAUUUUUCAGAAGUUCUUGCCGCGGGUCUCGGCGCUGUUUAUUCAUUGUUACCCUCAAAGAUUGAAUUUCGACCUGUGGACAGUUCGGAAAGUAAUCGUGAAUCUGGGAUGGUCAUUGGCAGCACUUGGCUGGAGACGGAGGACGAGAGAGAGAUGUUGGAGGUCGCACGGUCCAAGUCACUCGCGAUGGGCAUUGAGGACGCAAACAAUUCAGACUUCAGAUCGCGCUUGGAUCACUUUUUGAAGCUCCUCGAGUUUCUGCAGGACGUGUUACGACGGAAUAUCGUGCAAGAUAACGUGGAGGCCUCCUCGUUCGUCGGGACCGCCAUUGUGAACUCAAUUUUGGACGCUGUUCGACGAAUAUUUUUGGAAAAUGUGCUGUACCCCGCGGUUUUGGAGUGCUCAGACACGGAUGGAAGUGCUGUUGCAGUCAUGUCGUAUAUUGAAAUCAUGGUCAGGGUUCUCCAAGAAGGCCAAAUGGCUGAUCUCUUGGUGAGUUUCCUCGUUAGUGAGGACAACGAAGAAGUGAGGCAGAGGCAGCGCCCACAUUCUCUCAUGAUGCUGAAUAACGAGUCGAUGCCCCCUCGCUCGCAGGUCGGUGUGGCCGACAAAAAAUCGAGGCGCAAGAGUAGUGCAAUGGCUAUUCUAGAAAUAGAAGCACCAGAAACCAAGAAGCAAUCUGAAUAUUUCACUUCCACUCGAUUCACGCUGAAGGAUCUCUUGUUGACCAAUCUUCGAUCAAAAUACCAACCGUCCGUCACGUCUGCGUUGCAACUUUUUCAGUCCAUACUGCUACAGCACUCUCAGUUGUGCACCGACAUGAUCAUUUCAGUCCUUUCAGACCCUGACGCGACCGCGUUUCCGCAUCCAGCAUUACUACAAUCCGUCAUGGUUGGAAAAGAGGACCACGAUGAUGAUGACGAUGAAACAUUCACAUAUCCUGUUGAAGGAGAAAGAGAAACGAAGGAAGUUUUCCAUCACCUGCCACAUGCCACCUUCUCUACACAUGAGAGGGAAAUGGAUCUCUACCGAACUCUUGUCUCUCGGAUUGAUCCAUCGCAUGAUUCGGAUCCCUUUAGCACAGGUUACGAACAUUACCUCCGUGAUGCUCUGUUUGCUAUCCAGGAUCAGGGGGUAUAUCGCAACGCGCCAGGUGUGGACCCUAAGGAACGAAUAAAGUCGAAACAUCGGAUGAAUAUGAAUGACCCUAUUAUUUCUAAUAUACUUGACUCUCUCAGAACAUUUUUCUCCAACACGCCCGAAUGCAAUAUUGCCCUGACGGGUGCUUUAGCCACGCUAGCCAUCCAUCCGGACCGUUCUCUGGCCGGUUGGCUGACGUUUGCUUCCAACGAUAUAUUGCCACCCAAUGACGCCAACAUGGAUUUUGACCUUGACGGUGAUGGGGACGAUAGGUCGAUCGACUUUCAAAUUGCCGAGAAGUUGGCCGCCCAUUCCUAUCUUCCCGCGUCUAGCAUGGAUGCAAAUUCACGACCCGUCGUCCACGCAAUCUUCCACGGGCUGGUUGCUCAGUUAGAGCGAUAUCGACAGCAGGUGUCUGACUUUGAUAAAUUUCUUCUUGAACGUCGGCAAGGCCUACUUUUCUCCGAAAAUCUGACGGACGCGCUGUCUCUUGUGAUAGAGUUGAGUGAAGAGCCCACCAAACUUCCCUCCACGCCUGUUCAACAGCAGCAGAACAAACUCAAGGCCAAGUCUUCGGCAUCUUCGACCAUAAUAUCUCUUUUAACGCCAAAGAAAAACAAGGCUAAGAUGCCCACGGUCUCGUCUUCACCUUCCACGCCUUCUAAGCGAGACUCCAAAGGUCUUGCCGCAAGCCCUUUCGCUCCACAUUAUCGGAUGACGGCUUCCAUCACCGUCGAGCCGUUUGUUGCACCUGCACCUGUUUCUGGACCUUGGAGUCCUCCUCAAACUCUUAGAUGGUGUGAUGAAGAGGAUGUCUUCAGUUCGGGCUGGAGUACAAGUGAACGCCGUCGAUCUGAUCUUUACGACACCGAGCAGGAAAGCAGCAAACCUGCUGUCACCCUUUCCCAUUUAUUGGACAAUGUUGUCAUCUUGGAGGAAAGUAUCAAGGAGCUUGUCGCCAUUAUCCAUGCUCGGAGAAGUUUAGGCAUAGAUGCGGUGCGGUUCCUGUAACUUCUUCAACUACUUUCGCCACGUACGAAUAUAAUGUUUUCACUGUAUCAUAAAUAUAAAAAUCCAGAAUUUACAUAAAGAUACAUGGAUCAAGUCUGAUCACAUCCAUAGAUUGCAAUAAUGUAGACCAUCCUCAUCAUUUCGCCUUUCUCGCCCGCUUCUUCCUCGUAUCCGUGGACUCCUUCUCGCCAAAUAGCUUUUGCUGCAAUCUUUCGAAUUCUUCAUCAUCUAUAUCCGGAGGUGAACCCCGCGGACGCUUUCUAGGAGUUGUUACCUCUGGCGCUUCUUCAGCUUUGCCACGCUUUUUACUUUUGCCUUUAGGCUUGGUUCCUUGAGAAGGCCCAGCGUACUUGUCGGCAAGACUGUCGAAAAAGCUAUCCAUAUUCUUCUGCUUCUUCCUCAUGAUCAAGGCUUUCAGAGCCGAAUCGUCAUCUUCCUCCUCUCCUUCAAUGUCAUUGUCCUUUGCUGUAUCCUUCUUUUUGCUUCGGCGUUCUCCCGUUUUUCCACUUCCGUAAAACUCAUCCCAUACGCCAAGGUCCUUAGCCAAUUGCUCCGCUUCCUUUGCCUCCUUCUCACCUUGCUUCUUCCUCACCAAUUUCGCCUUUUCAUUUUUGAUUCCGUUCUCCCAUUCUGGAAGAGAAGGAAUAUCGCCUUUGGCAAUAAGGUCCGACAGGAUGACAAUGAAGCGCGGCUCGUCCUCGUGCGUAGAGUGCGGGAUCAUAGUCAUUAUUUCGCCAAUGGAACCAUUCGUGUCCCUAUAGGCGCAUGUAA